AUGUAUUCGUUCAUGGCACGACAACUCCGUUCGAUCCAUUCACCGAAUAGUGUCUCAUUAACACAUAAGAAUUUUGAAAGUAUGGAGGCAUCGCAUGCACCGAUUGCUCAAGAACAGCCAUGGAAUUUGCUUCAGAAGCCGAUUCGUGUGGAAAUGCUCACAUCACCAUUUUCUCAGCCAGUAUUCGAUGACGAGAAUUAUGCAGUCAUUCGUCAUUUCGUCGGACUGAAUGCGGAAAUCAUUCAGAUUUUGAGUGCAGUGAUGAAUUUUUCCAGUAAAUUUCUUUAUCCGCAAUCAAUCUAUGGAUAUGCACAAGUGAACGGAACGUUUACAGGAGCUCUUGGUCGAUUGCUCACCAAUAAGAGUGACAUUGGCAUGACUCUGUUUUUCAUCCGCGAUUACGGAACAAGAGACAUAGAAUUUACGACUCCAAUUUACCAAGAUCAACUUUGCGUGGUGGUUCGGAAAGCACAUAGAAUACCCGAGGCCGUUUUACCACUACUUACAUUCAGCGUGACUUCAUGGAUAUCUUUCUUACUAUCAUUCGUUGGAUGUUCCAUAUUUUGGAUGAUACUGAGAAAUGUAAAUGCAAAGCGAAUGUUUGUUGCUUCGACCGAGCAGCUUUAUAUGAUGAACAAUUUUUCGGACUAUGUCCAUAUUGCUGUAGAUACCGGAAUACUGUUCGUUAGUUCACCGUUGUUGAAACUGCCUAAAAUUUGGUCAGAACGGAUUUUUGUCAUAUCGAUUUGUCUGAUGAGUACAAUUAUCUUUGCAUACUUUGAAUCGACUCUGGCCACAGUAUUUGUAAAUCCUUUAUAUCUGAAAGAUAUCAACACUCUUGGCGAUCUGGAGAGCACUGAUUUUCCUAUCGAAAUCCAUGAGCACAUAGCUUUCGACCCGUUGUUUGAUAGUAAGAGUUCAUUGAUGCAACGAAUCCAAAUUGUCGGUAAAAACCAUCAGUUAUCACACAUUGUCGAGCAUGGCAAUAUAUCAUUGGUUCUAAAACAAACGGCAAUCAAAUUUGAUUUUUCCCACUGGUUUCGCCUCAAACGGAUGCAUCAACUGCCGGAUUGUCCGCGAACAUAUAUGACUGCAUUUAUAAUGCCCAAGAAAUCGGUUUACUUUGACCGUGACCGUGACCGUGACAUAUCAAGAGCUGUGAACAGCGCUGGAUCGCCACUCGAGAAAUCGGUUUACUUUGAACGCAUAAAUGCGCUUCUGCUGAGACUUGUACGUAGUGGAUUCAUUCAGAAAUGGAUUACCGAUACAAAGUUCAAUUGGACAUUGGAAAGCACAAGAUUGCAUGGAAGUCUGGACAAGCAAGAUUACGUUGUUCUGGAAUUGAUAGACAUGGAAUUUCCAUUCUACAUUCUGCUUGGCGGAUAUGUUGUGGGCUUUUUUCUUUUUAUUGGCGAGUUGUGUUUUGCUGAUGCGAUUGUUGAUUUUUAA